GAAUAUAUUCACCAUGUUCUGUAUUUAUCAUGAUUUUUUCUUUGUUUGUGUAUGGCUUCGCUCUAUUUAUCACGUGUUGUUUGCACAUCGAGUACUGUACUCAAGAAGUGGUUUACAUAACAAUUCGUCUUGUGCUAAUCUUUAAUCCUCCGUGAUACUAAUUCCCUACCACUUCCAUAAUAACAGUAUUUUGUUUCGAUUGAUCACCAAACAUCGCCUCGUGUAUUUCAGCAUCGUGUGAAGAAUGCUGCUGAAGACAUACUCCGUGUUGACCGUGUUCGUUCUGCAAGACUUUUAUGUUCGUCCGGCGAACUGUGUAAAGACAUCAAUUUACAAGAAUAUCGAAGAUGACAUGAAGAGACUUAAAGCAAAUAGUGUAGAGUGCUCUAAAGCGGACUUCGAUGAUAUUCUCAGAAUAAAGUGCGAGGGAAAUACACAGAAAGCUAUGCUUUGUAUCACAGAGAGAUUACUGGUGAACGAAGGGAAGAAUGACGGAUAUUUGUGGACGUUACUUGGUGAUUUAUAUCAAACACUAGGAAAAACCAACAAAGCAAAUAAAUGCUACAAGCGUGCAGCAAAGUUAGACGGCAAGUUUCCUGGACAAAUUUCACUAUGGCACGUCCUUGGACCGUUUCAAAUUGGCAAAAACGAAGUAGACGGGGAUCCUUUACAAAGCAUUGGCGGUAUCGCGAAAUUGCACUGUCAAAAGUACAACAAGAAAUUCCGAGCACAUUCCGAGCUGGUCUCUGGUGGUGAUGUUAGCUGGAGAACAAUCAGACCUGAUAAUAACGGUUAUAUCACAAUGACUGCUGACACGUAUCCACUUGUCUACGGUCUAUUUUCUUAUGCCGUGAUGGAAUGGCAAGCCUGGUUUGUGGGGGAUUUCAUGCUUAACAGUGAGAUGUCUUUACUGGUUCAAUGUGGUGGCGUGAGUACAAUUUAUAUCGAUGAUCACAUUCUUACUGGUGAUGUUUAUACUUCCAGAAGAUACUAUUGGCAUCCUGUUCACUUAUUUCCUGGUGUCCAUUCUUUACGCUUACGCACGAGGGCCGUUGGCAAGGUAACCUUCACGUGCCGAAUAACCCCUGCCGAUCAGGCGCCGACAUUUCAAAUCCAUACUCCAGUAACUCCUGAUCUCUUAGACGGUAGAAUCUUUAGCAAUCUUAUGGCGAUCCCGGUGACCAAUCACAAUGCAGAAAAUUGGCUCACCAUCACGAAGCUGUCGAUUUCACAAGAAAGUGGACCUACCAUUAAUGUGCAUCUACAGAAGCAAAAGAAAUUCAUCAUUGCACCAGGUCAAAUCUACUCGAUUAUCGCGACAUUCCAUUUGAAGAAAACCAACGAAAAUGAAAAGUCGUGUCCUCUAGAGGAUAUCCGUGGAAGACUGGAACUAAAAUCGAACGAGGGAAGGAAACAAGACGUACCGUUUAUCAUACGUUGUCGUCCGAAAGAAAUGUCCUUUUUAUUCACGUUUAUUGAUCACGAUGGUUCCGUACAAAAAGCUGCCGCCAUAUUUCCACCAGUCAUUGGCAAGAAGAAAGAUUAUCCACAAAAGCAUCCUGUACUUUUGACUCUUCACGGAACAGGCGUAUCACCUCAAGAUCAAGCGGACGCCUACAAGAGAAUGGAAAAAGGAAAGUGGCUGUUCGGUGCUGAAGGAUUAUGGAUUUUGGCACCAACCAGACACGGUGCACACAACUGGGAAGGACCUGGCGAUUUGACCGCUAUGACGUCAUUAGAAAGAUUAGCUGAAUUGACCCUUGAACAUGAUUGGAUUAUGGCAAAAGCCAAUGAUAAAGCCGUUGUGUUUGCUGGUCAUUCAAUGGGCGGUCAUGGGGCGUGGCAGUUGUCCAUGCAUCAUCCUGAUAUUGCUUUAGCAGUCGUUUCAAUAGCCGGAUGGAUCUGCAAAGAGAACUAUGGUGACUCCAAUACGUUCUUCAAAUACGAUAUUAGUUUGAGCUAUGUAGACGCGAGUGUCAAACACGUCAUGGAAUCGUGUGUCAUUGAAAACGAUGCGGAAAAGCACAUGUCAAAUUUGAAGGGCGUACCUGUAAUGAUCCGUAUUGGAGAAAAAGAUGAAACGGUAUCACCAUAUUUCUCUCGAAGAAUGUACCGACUGUUGACGGAACAAGGCAAUGACGUCACUUAUAAUGAAUUACCUGACAAGCAACAUUGGUGGUGGGACACAUAUGAGGAAAAUGAUGGCGGAGUUGUGAAUGAUGGAAAGAUGAGGAAAUUCUUCAGCAAACAUUCCAGUUUUGCUAUAAGACGCGUCUCGACUCAAGCCUGCGUCGGCGAUGAACAUGACAAAAAAGGAUGUAAGAUCGACGGCUCCAUGUAUUCUUCAAAGAAUAUUCCAAAUCGUAAUGAUGAAAAAGAGUUUCUUCUCACUGUUUAUAAUCCAGCCAGUAUCCAAGGAGUCCGCGGAGUUCAAGUUCUACAACAAGCAAUUCCCUUUCGAAAGACAACUGUCCAUAUCAAGCUGUCUGAUGACAAUGCUACAUUAGUGACAUCAAACGCUAUCAGAUUAAGACUAAGUGAGCCUGCAAUCUCAGCAGUUCUGUGGAAGACGAGACAAAUUAUCGUCGACAGUGUUAUUUUAUCAUUUAGUCAAAAUGAUGAAAAACACGUUGAUAUUUGUAAGAAAGAAAUUCGCGAUUGGAAAAUCUGUGAAGACUCUGAUAAAAGAUUGGAGUCUGAAGUAAGUCGAGGUCCUUUAAACUUUGGCCCAGCAAGACGUAUUGCUGAGCGACCGCUGAUCAUAGCUGUAGGUGCAUCAAAGCAAGGCAAAGAUGUGUCUCAAGCAUUACUGCAAAUGGCCGUUUAUGUUGGAAAUACGUUCUACCUUACGUCUGAUCUUAGUCCAGUUAUCUUGCGACAUCACGAGAUCACUGAAGAAAACACACACAGUAGGAAUGUGAUUAUAAUUGGUGAUCUAUCCCUCACCAAAGAUUACCUUAAAAAAGUCUCUCUUCACGUUACAGAAGAUCGCUCAAUCAGUCUGGGUAAUUGUUGGUUUCAGUGGUCAAAUAUGGGCAUACUCUCCUUAGUCCCUCUUUCGGGAUCACGGCUCGGCUUGAUCAUUACUGGCACAUCGUUAUCCUCAAUACGAGACGUCAUAAGUUUAGCAACACCUACCAUUCCCCCAAUGGCUAGAUCACCUUUUUCAAACCUCGUACCUGAUUACGUCAUCACUGGACCUGAUUUCAAGGCAAAAGGCCCAGGUGGUUAUCUGUGUGCGGGAUUUUGGGGAAACCGCUGGGAAUACAGAAGUGAAUUGUCUUCUUGCGCCUGCUAAUGAUGGUAGGAUGUCUGAAAUUUAGCAUUAUUUGUUGCUUAAGUAGUCGUUAACUCUACAAAGAAAAUAGUUAGUGCAGCGAUCUAUUUAGCAAGAAGUUAUUUAUAAAUGAAAACGGAGAAAAAGGUAUUGUGUUUUUAACAUUAUGUAAUAAAUAGAUUUUUAAAAA